GAGGUUCAAAUUAGGCGCCAUAUCUUCCUGGCCCCUGAGCAGGAUGGCCCUCCUUUCCAGAUUCUUCUGAUUUCCAGAUCUUCUUCUUUCGUGAUAUGGUUCAUGAAAAAUCAAUCAAUAUAGAGCACAAUCCAUGAAAAUAUCGUGGCUUUACGUUUCCCUGCCAAACAGGUCCUAAAACGACCUUGAAGGAUCCCCAAAAAAUCUGAAAAAAAAACCUGAAUUUCCUUUCAUCUUUCAGCUCCGAUGUCCCAAAUUCCUCUCUGAAUUCCUGAUUUCGAAGCAACCCUAGUUCUGUGCACUAGAUAUUGAAGGAUCCCGUUCCACAAUCCGGAAUACUGGAGGCAACCCAAGCUCGAUCGAUUCUGAACCCCGUUCUAUUCCUCUCUGUUUUCUUUUCCGUUCUUCAAUCACUAUUUUUUUCUUUUUUGCGAAAAUGAAUUGAGCACCAGAACCUGGACUUCAAUCCGCAAGGAAUCCCGAAUUCCAUUUCCAAUCCGCGAACGCGGAAAUCGCGAUUCCAGAACCUUGAUUUUGUGAGUGAAGCCUGGUUUCAAGAACCAUAGGGUUUUGAAUCAAUUCCCUUCUACCUUCGAUGACUACUGCGUCCAUUCUGGAAUCGAUUCAGCUGGUAUCCAUCUCCAGAAACCCUUCUAUUUCUGCCAAGACAUGGAAUCCUUUGCCUCCCAGACCGUCCCUCCUCCUACGUGUCAAGCCUUUGAGAGUCAGGGGGGUUCCCAGAUUGAGGGUUCAAUGCGUGAAGUGUGAUGGCGUGAGUUCCGGGAAGAGAGAAGAGACCCUUGUCGAGGGUGCCAUCAAAUUGGUUAGAAAAGCCUUAAAUGGUUUCCGAAAACCGGCAAUGGUUCUUGUCGUCGUCGGGCUCCUGCUCAGCUACAAUCCUAGCUCCUCCCUUGCGGCUUCUGGAGGACGGAUGGGGGGCCGCUCGUUCUCGGCGCCUGGUCGGUCGUCUUCCUACAGCUCGAGGAGCUAUUCGGUGCCAAGUCCGGGGCUUUCGUACUCUGUUCCAUAUGCGGCGCCCUCACCAUUUGGAUUCGGUGGUGGAGUCUAUGUUAGUCCGGCGGUUGGGUUUGGUUUUGGUGCGGGCUCCGGGACGUUUCUGCUAUUGAUGGGUUUUGCAGCGUUCGUUUUGGUUUCUGGGUUCCUUUCAGAUCGGUCGGACGACAGCGUGCUAACUGCUACGCAGAAAACCAGCAUCCUUAAGCUUCAGGUCGGCUUGCUGGGAAUGGCCCGAUCAUUCCAAAAGGAUCUGGACCGCAUUGCUGAAGCGGCAGAUACAUCCUCGCCCGAGGGGUUGAAUUAUGUGCUCACAGAGACUGCUUUGGCAUUGCUUCGGCAUCCAGAUUGUUGCAUCUCUGGUUAUUCAUUUGCUGAUCUCAAGCGCUCUACUGAAGAGGCUGAGAAGCGCUUUAACCAACUUUCUAUAGAAGAGCGUGGAAAAUUUGAUGAAGAAACUCUUGUCAAUGUAAACAACAUCAAGAGGCAGAGUUCGUCUAGCAAUCGUUCCAAGGGAUUUAGCAAUGAGUACAUCGUUGUAACAAUCCUGGUAGCUGCGGAGGGUGUGUACAAGCUACCAACAAUCAAUGGCAGCAAUGACCUGAAAGCGGCAUUACAAAAGCUUGGUUCAAUUCCUUCAAGUAAAACGAUGGCUGUUGAAGUUCUGUGGACUCCCCAGAAUGAGAAUGACACUCUGUCUGAAAGAGAGCUGCUGCAAGAUUACCCACUGUUGAGGCCUUUAUGAAGAUGCUAUCCAGAGACGAAGCUCUGUCUCUUGUUGGUUUAUACUUGUAAAAUGAAUAAGUAAUUCUUUGUAUUAAUAAAACUUUUAACCUUGUACCGGUCUACAGGUCUUGAUUUUGUAAAGUAGCCCAGGCUUGUAGGAACCUCAGUUCAUGGUUUACACGAAUCUAAUGACUCUCCUCUCAAUAUGAGUUCUUUACCUUUCAA